UUCAGCGCUAACGCUUUGAUUGCAUCAGGCAAGAACUUUGCGUCCGGUCAUGCGGUCCAUAUGCCAUGGUUCCCUCCAGGUCACCAGACACAAUGCUUCUUCUGAGCGCUGGGACGUGGAGAUAAGAGCGUGGUGGCACUCAUUCUGAUAACCCGCGUGCUUACCCAUAUUCCUUGCCUCUGACAGUGAGUCUUAGCCCACACCAUGGUCACGUCCCCGGGUUUCUAUUUAGUUGUGUCUAUAAUUCCAUAUAUUUCGACUAUCUUGGCCGUACAAGUGCAUCCAGUCAAGCGCAAUGUCGUCUCACCUGCCAACUGCACCAGUGAAUACUCAUGGAUGAACGACGGUUGGGGCGACUCACCUUGUCUUACUGUCGCUUAUGUCGAGGCUGCAUGUUCUGGGACCAACAGCUAUGACCAACCAGUCCUGAUGAACGGUUAUUCGUACUCCUUGCCAAAUUCUUCGACCGCAAAUCCAUGUUAUUGUUCUUGGUCGUCAUAUAAUCUUAUGAUGGCGUGCACUAUAUGUCAAGGCAAUAAUGAUUCUGCUGUCUGGGAAUGGGCUCAAUGGGCAUCCGGAUGCACCAACCAAUCGUGGACACAGAUAUUUUUCCCUUCUGGAUAUAUGCUUGGUGGAAAUGCUUCCAUACCUUACUGGGCUACUACUAAUCCGACAACAUGGACAUCUGCGACUUUCAAUAUCAUGCAAGCAAACGCUACUUAUCAAGCGAAUCCUUCCGAUGUAACCCCGAGCGCCUCAUCGUCAUCUAGCGGUUCAAGCUCAAGCUCAUCCAGCAGUUCAAGUUCAAGCUCAAAAUCAACUGACAUGGGUGCGAUAGUGGGCGGUACCAUUGGAGCCUUGGCUGCUCUCUCGCUUCUUGCCGUUGGCGCCUAUCUAGUGUACAGACGCCACGUGUACAAGAAAGGAGCUUACGGCUCUGUCAUCAACCGGCAGCCAUUCAUAGACAGAGGCGAUGUCGUACGGCUCUCCUGUGCUGUAUGGGCAGUCCUUGGCUCCGUCGCAAGAUGGGACUGUGUACUCUCCACAGCCCCAGAUGGCUUACCCCUCUCUGCAAGGUUCACUCUCACCUCCACCGCGGACGGGUACGUCUCUCCACACCACACGCAGCGGGCAGCCCUCCGAAGCCAUACCAAUGGUUUGAGUAACGUGUUUCUGGCCUUGGAUCAGACACGCAAGAUGUACUGUAAUGUGGACUUAUCGUCUCUGGGCCAGUCCCGUCAUUCGCAAUCUUUAUUCAUCUCUUACUCUGAUGCGCAAAAUAUAGGCAAAGCGGGGUCACGGAGUUUCUCUCUGUCUCCGCGCGUCCUAUCAAUAUUUCGUAUAUCCCGCUGUUCCCAUCAUCUCGCGAGACAUGAACUUCCGUCGUUAUUAAAUACAAUAUUUUGAAUUAUCAUGAGAUGUGGACAUGCUUCUGACAUUCUUUCGUUCUCUUCUAGAGACUCACAAUUUGAAUUUCAUACCUACUCCACACCAUUUUCAGUUUCCAAUUCCCCGGAUGUGAAGGCGCUAACUUGAAGAUCAGAAGUUUAUAAACCAGUGUACCCCUAGGCCUCCUUACCACGAGUUUACAUGAUGAAUCGACAGAAGGUGACGAUGCUCC